ACUCUUCUUCUCUCACUUUCAAUCAAUACAAUGUUUGAUUCGAUCAUAAGAAAGUCUACUCUUUGAUUCUGAUUUCAUCAUUGGUGAAAAUGGUUGCGUGUUUUCUAAAUUGAGCGUUUCUUGUUGUUGUUGUUUGUUUGGAUCAGGAAAUGGCUCCGAAGGCACCGAGUACGGGUCUUUUCGUUGGAAUGAACAAGGGUCAUAUCGUCACCAAGAAGGAGCUGCCUCCCCGCCCCAGAGAUCGCAAAGGAAAAACAAGCAAGAGGGUGCACUUUGUGAGGAAUCUCAUUCGCGAGGUUGCUGGUUUUGCGCCGUAUGAAAAGCGUAUAACUGAGUUGCUGAAGGUUGGAAAGGAUAAGAGGGCAUUGAAGGUUGCCAAGAGGAAGCUCGGUACCCACAAACGUGCCAAGAGGAAGAGAGAGGAGAUGUCCAAUGUCCUCAGAAAGAUGAGGGCUGGUGGAGGCGGUGACAAGAAGAAGUAAGUGUUUACUUUGGUUCAUUCCAGUGUUCUGGGGGGAUCAGUGUUUUUGAAGGUGUUUUUGAAGGACAAGCUAUAUCUUAGUUUUGUUUGGUUCAAUUUAUCAGUGUAAUCUUUUACUUUUAGAUAUGAUCUGUUUUGAUUAUGUGAUUUUUGGAAAAUACCAUUGGAUUAUUUUGAGUCUUAACAUGAGAUUAAAACUUUUUCAAGCCAA